UCAUGUUCAUCGGAUAAAGACUCCCAUUUUGUAUUUAACACCCUUCUUGUCCUUUUAUUUGGCUUGAAACACCUUUGAGGAGGUGUCGAUCGCGGUUACAGUCGACGGCAGGCGAGAGGAGCCAGAACAAAAAGGAUGUCGCUCAAUGUUUUUCACCACAGACACGGCGCUAUGCCGCGCUGCGCCACAUAGGGGAGGUAUUGAGCCGAGUUGCUGAAGGGGUUCCCCGUUUCUGUCCCCCCAUCCCUUCCCUCUGCUUUUUCUUCUCCGCCUGUCUGCUCUCUCUCCUGCUCCACAACACAGUACAGUACACACUAGUCCUCUCGUAGUGGCAGCAGCCGACACAAGUGUGUUCAGCCUCUCCUCGCAGCUCCAGUUUCUGCUCUGUGCAAACUAGCCAUUUAUCAUCAAUCAUGGCCGCCGGAGUACAAAUUUAACUCCCCGUCUUUCCUCCCUGUCGUCCGGAGGGGAGGAUUUCGGCUUGAGGAGACAAAAUAUCACUCCCACACUGAUUUGGAUUUCCUCUUGGAAUUACAAUACAUCUCGCAAGGGAAAUACCAUUCAUGUCAAUACUCCAAAAUGCAGCCGCCGCCGAGGAAGGUCAAAGUGACACAGGAGCUGAAAAACACACACACAGAGCAGAUGACAAGACUGCAUUUUAAACACCAGACUGAAUGUGACCUGCUGGAGGACAUGAGGAGCUACAGCCUGAAGAAGGGACAGCUGGAGAGGGACUAUGCACAGGCUCUGCAGAAGUUAGCGAGCCAGUACCUAAAGAGAGACUGGCCUGGAAUCAACCCUGACGACCAGAGGACAGACUACAGGAAUGUGUAUGCUGUGUGGAGGUCCUACUUAGAAGGUACAGUGCAGGUGAGCCAGUCCAGGCUCAACGUGUGUGACAACUACAAAAGUCAAGUAUCAGAGCCCGCUAAGACUGUUAGACUCUACAAGGAGCAGCAACUCAAAAAGACCAUAGAUCAGCUGAGUGGCAUUCAAGCAGAACUGCAGGAGUCGGUGAAAGAGUUGGCCAAAGCCAAGAAAAAAUACUACGACUGUGAGCAGGUUGCCCACGCAGUACGAGAGAAGGCUGACAUCGAGGCCAAGUCUAAACUGGGUCUUUUUCAGUCAAGAAUUAGUUUACAGAAAGCAAGUGUAAAGUUGAAAGCUAAGAGAAGUGACUGUAACUCCAAGGCGACACAAGCCAGGAACGACUACUUGCUAACGCUAGCUGCUGCCAAUGCUCACCAUGACCGCUACUAUCACACAGAUCUACUGCACUGCAUACAGGCCUUGGACGGCAGGAUCUACGAGCAUGUGAAAGACUACCUGGUAGAGCUGAGUCGCACCGAGCUAGAGGCCUCGCAAGCCACACACAACACCUUCCAGUUCCUGCUGGACAAAUCCUCCAGGAUAAUACAAGAGUACAACCAGCAGUUGUUCAUGCAGGAGAAUCCAGUGUUUCACAAAGCACACGACUUCCAGUUCCAGCCCAGCGAAUGUGACACGAGUCGUCAGCUGGAGUCGGAGACGGGGACGACGGAGGAGCACAGUCUGAACAAGGAGGCCAGGAAGUGGGCAACCAGAGUGGCCAGAGAACACAAGAACAUCAUACAUUACAAGAGAUGUCUGGAGGAGUGUGAGAGUCACGGCCUGCCCCCUACAGAGCAGGGGAGACUAGAUCUGGAGAUGAAGAUAGAAGACACCAAAGAAAACAUUCGCAAAGCUGAGACAAUAAAGUUAAAAGCCGAGGCUCGGUUGGACCUUCUGCGGCAAGUAGGGGUUGCUGUGGAUACCUGGCUGAAGAGCGCUAUGAACCAGGUGAUGGAGGAGCUGGAGAAUGAACGUUGGGCCAGCUACACUUCCCACGAUCCCUCACUGUCGGGCACAGUGGACUUGGAGCGUGAGGAGGGAGAAGAGUGUGAAGAGAAUAUGGAGGUUUUUGAUGACAGCAGCUCCAGUCCUUCGGGAACCCUCCGAAACUACCCGCUAACCUGCAAAGUCCUGUACUCAUACAAGGCCUCUCAGCCGGAUGAGUUAACUAUUGAUGAACAGGAGAUGCUGGAGGUCAUUGAGGACGGAGACAUGGAGGACUGGGUCAAGGCUCGCAAUAAGACAGGUCAUGUCGGCUACGUCCCAGAGAAAUACCUGCAGUUCCCAACUUCAAACAGUCUGUUGAGCAUGCUCCAGUCUCUGGCUACGCUUGACGCUCGAUCACACACCUCGUCCAAUUCCACCGAGCCAGAGCUGCACUCCGGCUGCAUCAAUGGAGAUACAAACAUGAUGUACGUCCGUGCACUUUAUGAUUAUGAGGGCCAGGCGGAUGAGGAACUCUCAUUUUCCGAGGGAGCUGUGAUCCGCCUGUUGAGCCGCGACACUCAGACAGACGACGGCUUCUGGGAGGGGGAGCUCAACGGACGGGUGGGCGUCUUCCCCUCCGUGCUGGUAGAAGAUCUCACUGAGAAUGGAGAGACCAGCGGAGGAGGGCUGGGUGACAUACAGAUUUCUCCAUCUCUGAAGUUGCCAUGUUCUUUGCCACCUCUCCCGCUAUAUGACCAACCUCCCAUCAGCCCCUUCACCAGCCCCGAGACCUCUACCCCGCCUCCUCUCCCACGAUCACCCUCCACGGCACUCAACGGGGAGCACAAGCCUCCACCACCCGCCUCGUCACACAAGGGACCGCUAACCUCCCACAAUCAAAGCUCUGGCAAGAGUCCAGUGUCUCCAGGAUUUUCUCAGCCACUGCGCUUCACCCCUGAAGGAGGUCCAAGCAAACUACGACCUGUGCGAGCUGCUCCUCCUCCCCCCAAACAGCACCCCCGCCGACCGCAGGAGAAGAGCGAGAAGACGGAGGAGGUGGAGAUCACACUGGUGUGACAGACAGAGAAGCUGGCAGGCAGUUAUAGAGACAGAAAAAAUAAAACUAGAUGACAGACAGACACAUCCUACAGGCUGGGGAACUGAACUGCUCUGAACUGAAGUCAGCUUAAACAAAGUGAUGUGAAGUAAACCGAACUGAACCACGUCCGACACCCCCCUCCCCCCCCGGCCUCUCCGCAUCUUCUCUCAUCCUCAAGUUGAGGAGGGGAGCGAAGAGAGGGAAUGAAGGCAAAGUAUCCAAUUAAAUAAUCUCUGUAUUAGCUUUCUAAUGAAGUGCAGCAGUAGCCACCCCCACAUCCCCCUCCGCCCUCCCACACCUGUCCUUCCAUUCUUGCCUUAAAACUUUACCUCAUCGGGCAGCAAACCAGAGCACACUGAAGAGGAGGAAGAAUGUUUAGAGAGGGGGAGUGCGAGGGAAAGUUAAUGAUGGGUUUGGCAGGUUUUCUUUUUUUUUUUUUUUU